GGAAGUGAAAGAUUUAAAACGAAGGUUUGCAGAUUUAGUCGACAAUGUGAAACAGAAUAUGAAAAAUGAGAUAUUAUCAGUGUGUAUCGAACUAAACGGUGAUUUUAAUAAAUGGAAUGAGUCCGCUGAACUUAACAACUUAAAUUUUCGUCGUCUAUUCGCUGAGGAAUUGCAUAUUCCUCAUGAUGCAUUCAUCAUUAGUAAAGUUGAACGAGGUAGUGUCGUCCUAUUCGGUGCAGUUCAUCCACCAUAUGGAAAAAUUGUUCUGGAGCAGCUGGUUGUAAAAGAAGAACAAAUUGAGUUAUUAGGCCUGUCCGACGAUGAAAGAGAGGCUGGCUUGAGUGUUAAAUCAGUGAAAUUAGGUCAUUUUGGUAUACAGGUGGCAGAGCAUCGUAUGAAUGAAGAAUGGAAUCGUAUCUAUGUCAACAGUCCAGCAGAACGGAAGACACUAAUUGCACUCUGUUGGUCGGGGUCUAUAGAUCGUGGUGGUAAACCAUAUUUUUGUCCGAAAGCUGAGUAG